AUGGGAUCUCCAAACAUUCCGAGCCAGUCAAACCUAACCAUCAUACUCAACAUGAACAUGGCAGAAAGUGAAGUGAAAGCUUCGCGGGCUCACGGAAAACCUCUAGUGGCUGUUGCAGGGCUGGGUAUAGAGACGUCUACCUUCUCGCCCGCACGCACGCGAUUGCCCGAGCAAUUCCGUCCUUCCCGCGGUGACAGUAUCAUGGAUGAUAAAUACAUUCGAUUUCUUGGCCCAGAUACUGAGCUCCGUCAUGCAGCCAACUGGCGUGGCGCUUUGAUUGGGCAGGCAGUACCCGGUGGGAUUGUGACAAGAGAAUUGUUUGACUCACUGGCUGCCGAGAUCUGUACCCGUUUGUUGAAGAUAGUGCUAGAUGCCAAGGCAGACAACGUGGCCCUAGAAGGCCUAUGGUUUGAUAUACAUGGCGCGAUGUGCGUGGAAGGCCUCUCGGAUGCAGAACAUGUUUUGCUUAAAAGAAUUCGAAGAGUCAUCGGACCUGACGUCCUGAUCAGUGCGUCGAUGGACUUACAUGGAAACGUGUCCAAGGAUCUGGCUCAUGAGUGUGAUUUGUUGACGUGCUAUCGAACUGCUCCACAUAUUGAUACCUGGGAGACCAAGGAAAGAGCUUGUCGAAAUCUCCUAGAGUUGAUCGAAGGCAAACACAGACAAGGACAUAAUUUCAAAAGACCGCUAAAAGCUUGGAUACCUAUCCCAAUUCUUCUGCCAGGUGAACAGACAAGCACAAGAGAUGAGCCCGCAAAGAGCCUGUACGAACGAGUACCGGUGGUAGAGGACAUGCAUGGCGUCAUUGAUGCCAGUGUCUGGGUCGGCUACGCAUGGGCUGAUGAACCACGCGAUCUUGCAGUAGUCGUGGUGACCGGUUGGGAUCGAAAGGCUGUCAAGAAGGGCGCCGAAGAUCUUGCGAAUUGUUUUUGGGAUGUGCACGAGGACUUUCAUUUUGUCGCCAAGACAGGCAACUACAAAGAAUGCAUUGACGCAGCAUUGAACAGCUCGAACAAUGAGAGGCCAUUUUUCAUAUCUGAUUCCGGAGACAAUCCGACAGCUGGAGGCUCCGGAGAUGUGACUUGGGGAUUGACCAGAUUACUAGAAAGACCUGAAUUCCAGCACAAGACAGGACCUAUUGUCAUAUAUGCAAGUAUCCCCGGUCCUGAAGCUGUGCACAUUGCCGCGAAAGCUGGCAUAGGAUCUACAGUCACUGUCACAGCUGGUGCGGAAGUGGACGAUCUCCAUUCUGGCCCGCUUACAAUGACAGGUCGUGUGCAUGCUAUCAAACAUGGCGAUCAGUAUGCCAGACUCGAAGUUGUACUGCAAAUUGGCACUGUGUAUGCUAUACUCACGGAAAUACGCAAACCAUACCAUCUUGAGAAAGACUACACGGACUUGGACUUGAAGCCUCGAGAAGCUGACAUGGUCAUCGUCAAGAUAGGGUAUUUAGAACCCGAGCUCUACGAUAUGGCUCAAGGUUGGCUACUAGCAUUAACUCCUGGUGGCGUCGAUCAAGAUAUCAAAAGGCUAGGACAUCUUCACGUUCAAAGACCGAUUUGGCCUUUGGACAAACACUUUGAGCAGAGGCCUGAUUUGACAGCGCGAUUCAUACCACCUUCGAAUGAACCCUUCACUUGA